AUGGCCGCUCCCAUGAAGGCUCUUGUCGUCCAGGAGGACAAGACCGUCGCCGUCCUGGACCACCCAGUCCCCGCCGUCGGCGAUGAUGACAUCCUCUUCCGCACCGUCGCCGUCGCGCAGAACCCCACCGACUGGAAAUUCGUCGACCACGUCACGAGACCCGGCACGAUCCUCGGCUGCGACUUCUCCGGCUAUGUCGUGCAGGCCGGCAAGAACGUCGCGUCCCCCGCCGUCGGCGACCACGUCGCCGGCUUCGUCCAGGGCGGCACCUUCGUCGACAGUGGCGCCUACGCCGAGUACAUCCGCACGCCCGCCGAGCUCGCCUGGGUCGUUCCGCAGGGCACGCUCUCGCACGAGGAGGCCGCCACCUUCGGCUGCGCAUUCUGGACCGCCGUGCAGGCGCUCUUCCACCCCGCCCGCCUCGGCCUCGUCGCGCCCCCGCUCAAGGUCGACGCCCCCGAGUGGAUCUUUGUCUACGGCGGCAGCUCCUCCGUCGGCCAAUUCGCCAUCCAGCUGCUGCACCUCGCGGGCUACAAAGUCGCGACGACCGCGUCCCCACACAACCACGCCCUCGUGCGCGCGCUCGGCGCGGACGUCGUCGUCGACCACAGCGCCGGCGCCGAAGCCAUCGCUGCGCUCAAAGCCGCCACCGGCGACACCGUCACUGCGGCGCUCGACGCCAUCUCGCUCCGCAAAUCGCAGGAGUUCACCGCGCGGGUACUUGGGCCGCGCGGCGGCAAGGUCAUUCUGCUUCUGCAGCCCAACCCCGAGGCGCGCGUCCGCGAGGACGUCGUCUUCCAGCACACGCUGAUCUACACCGCGCUCGGCCGCGAGUUUGCGCUCGCGACACUCUAUCCCGUGUCGGCCGCGGACUACGCGCACAUGACUGCGUUCCUGCGCAUUGUGCCCGCACUCGUGCAGACAGGCGCGCUGCGGCCGAACCCCGUGCGCCUCUGGGAGGGCGGGCUCGCCGCGGUGCCGGACGGGCUGCAGUAUAUGCGCGAGGGCCGGGUGAGCGGCGAGAAGAUCGUGUACCGCGUGGCCGCAUGA